AUGAUAUGUGUACCUUGCCAAUUAGAUUGUCCAAUAUGUGAGAAUGAACAUGAAAGUGAUUGGCACUUCCUCUUUGACUGUCAUGACAACAGAAGAGCAUGGCAAACAGCAGGCUUAAAAGCUAUCGUUCUGCAAAGAACUCAGCAAUUUAACAUGCCGAUAGAGUGCCUUAUGGAUAUAUGCAAAAACACAGAUAAAGAUACAGCAGGGAAGGCAGCAAUGGUAAUCUGGCUUCUUUGGAAUAAUAGGAAUAAUUGGGUUUGGAACCACACAAAAGAAAGCGGACAACAGCUCGGGCAUAAAGCAUUAUGUUUGUGGAACAAAUGGAAUGAAGUUCAGACAGUAAGAAAUCACAGUAGCAGACGCGAACAACAAGCAACACAGUGGCAGAAACUGCAACAGCUUUGGCUUAAGUGCAACUUGUCAUAA